AUGGGGGUUUCCGGAUUUUCCCAAUACACUGUUGUCCACCAGGAGGCCGUUGCCAAGAUCGACCCAAAGGCCCCCCUAGACAAAGUUUGCCUGCUGGGCUGCGGUGUCUCUACGGGCCUCGGCGCUGUGUGGAAUACGGCAAAGGUGCAGCCGGGCGACACUGUGGCAGUCUUCGGCGUGGGCUGCGUGGGCCUGGCCUGCGUGGAAGCCAGCAGGCUGGCCGGCGCUGCUGCAGUGCUGGCCGUUGACCGCUGCAGCAGCAAAGCAGCAGCAGCAAAACUAUUCGGAGCCACUCAUUUCCUCUGCACUGCAAAUUUCCAAAACGAAAAAAUCCAAAAUAAAAUUCAAGAACUCUUUCCAGGAGGUGUGGAUUUCUCGUUUGACUGCACUGGCAAUGUGGGCAUCAUGAGGGCAGCUCUGGAGUGCACCAAAAAGGGCUGGGGAGUUUCCGUUAUUUUAGGCGUCGCAGGCCAAGGCGAAGAAAUUAAGACCCGCCCCUUCAACCUCAUUGUGGGCCGGCAGUGGCGCGGGGCGGCUUUUGGGGGUUGGCAGAGCCGCUCCGACAUGCCCAAGCUCGUCGACCUCCACAUGUCCAACAAAAUCGACCUGGACCGCUACAUCACGCACCGCAUGUCUCUCGAACGCAUUGAAGAAGCUUUUGACAUUUUGCGAGGAGGAAAAGGCAUUAGAUGUGUCCUAAGCAUGCACGAACAAGAAACGCAACAGUGA